GUAAAAUGUCCUCACAAGAUACUCAAGCAACCAACUCAAAUCAUAAGUAUCCAGAUCGAGUUGUUACAGAUUCAGUACACUCACGAUUUCGAUCCUCAAACGUAUAUUGUAAUAUUUGCAACAUGAGUAUUAUUGGAAAUCACUCUGCUAUAGAAAAGCAUUUUAAUAAUUCUCAUCCUUCUAAGGAAUUUUGUUGUUACUGUAAAGGCAAAGUGUUCACUUACGUACAAAUGCCUAUCGAUGAUUGUACUCAAAAACCAAAGCAAAUUGUUUACCAUAAAUGUAGUAAUAACUCUUGAGUAUAAUUACUAAUUAGAAGUAUUUAGGAAAAGAAUAUAAAGGAAUCAUUAAAAAAAAUUUAUACAUUUAAAUAAAAUAUAUUAUAGAAUUAUAUCAUAUUAAUUUGUGUGAUAUAUAACAGAAAAAACAGUAUAUACAAGUAUAUACAACAUAAAUAU